AAUCUGGCGGUCACACUGCGUCUAAUAUACAAAUUCGAAAACUUCAUUAAUAGUAUAGAGAACGUGUUCAUCUCGCUAAAUUAACGUGAUAUAUUUCAGACGCGACUGAUAGUACAAUCAACGCAGCUGCUCCGAACACCGCUAAUUCCUCCGAGGUCUACAAAUCCAUAGCUGAGGACAAGUUUCUGGGUGGAAAUCCGAGCCCCGAAAAAGUCGAAAUGGUCCAGGAUGAGAAUGGAGCCGACGAGCAGAUGCUCAAUGGAGCGGAAGAUAAGCUGACCGAGCGCAGGGAUGAGGUGAAGUUCAUUAAGAACGAUCACCAGAAUGGCGAUGCUAAAAUCGAUAUUGGACCCGUAAACGGAGGCAAGCCGGCAUUUACUGGCAUGAGCAAGGAGGAGCUAAUGAAAUAUGCCAACGAUCCCUUCUGGGUGCGCUUGCGUUGGAUCUUCUUUGUGGGCUUCUGGGCCAUUUGGGUGGGCAUGCUGGUGGGUGCCAUUCUGAUCAUCAUCGGAGCCCCCAAGUGCGCUGCCCCCCAGCCUUUGGCCUGGUAUAAGCGUGGACCCCAUGCCAAGUUCGCCCAAAUUGAGGCUGCCAAGCCGCAGGAUGUGCAGACCGCCAAGAAGAUCCAUGCCACAGGUGCUAUCUACGAGUUGCCCGCUGAGCUGACAUACAACGUUAAGAAGCCGGAGGUAGAGGAGCAGAUUAAGCGAUUGGUCGCCCAGUAUGUGGGCAGUGACACCAAGGUGAUCCUUGAUGUGACACCCAACUUUGUGCCCAAGGACUCGCAGCUGGUGCAGGAUGCCAUUGCUGAUCCCGAGAAGCGCUCUGCGUUGGUCUGGGUGAGCGGAAAGACCACAGCACCUACCAAGUGGCUGAAGGUGGGAGGCAAUCGCAGUGCCUGGGAGAAGUUGGACGACAGCUACCUGCUUUCCCAAUUCGAAGAGGGUCACUACGAUCUCAAGAUGAAUAGUACUAUAAUCAGGAACGAAUUCGGAGGAGUCUUGCGCCACCUGGUUGGUCUGGGCGUCCAAGGCAUCCGUCUGAAGAAUACGAAAUUCUUUGUGCUCUCGGACAAACUGGAGGAAGAGGAGCCAUCAUCAGUGCCCAAGGACUUUAACCUGGGAGAGGGAGACUAUGGCUUCUACGACCACAAGCAGACCACGUUCCAGUCUGGCUUGGGAGACGUCCUUUAUGAUUACUUGAGCAUCGUAAAGAACGCCUCCGAUGAGGCCUUCUUAUCCGUGGCCGAAGAUGUGAUCCAGCCUCAGGUCUACCAAUUAAGCGAUGUGCCCGGAGUCAACGGUAUCGAUCUGCCCAUGUAUGGUGACUUCGUCAAGGUGCUCAGCAAAUCGAAGCCGGAAAAGUCGCUGAAGAGCAAUCUGGAGAACACGCUCUUCCAGGCAGGCAAUGACAGCUGGUUGCAGUGGAACUUUGCGGAUGUCUUCGUGGACACUCCACAGGAUCCCUCUGCCCUGGCCAUGUUCCUCUCCUUGCUGCCUGGUGUUCCUGUGGUUCCUGUGGAUGCUGUCGAGUACACAAAUGUUACCGAGGAGACAUACAGGCAGAUCGAGAUGCUGCGCAAGUCUGCAUCCUACAUGCAUGGCGAGCUCACACUCUUCAACGCCGAUCCUCUGGUGGCCUUUUCCAGGCAGAGAAUCAAGUCUGGAAAUCCCGGCUACUUUGUCAUCUUCAAUCCCACCGAGGUGCCACAGUCGAGGAACUUCACCGGCCCGGCUGAUUUGCCCGACAAGAUGACCAUCUCCUACUUUAGUGAGCACUAUAACAACCACGAGGACUCUGUCAAGGUGGCUCACUCGGCCAAGGUGAAUCUCAAGGAGCUCAAGGUGGCCCCGCAUUCGACCAUUAUCCUAACCUAUGUCCCAGUGAAGGCAGAUUAAAUGGUUGUACCUGCGACAUAAUACUACAACAAAUACAAUGUUGCCUGAGGGCCAAUAUAUACAGAUUAUGUAUACAAAAUUAGAUUGCUUUACUAACCAUUGAGAUUUAAAGCCGCAAAACCAAAACUUUAAAGAGUACUUUGUUGAGAACUUUUCAUAGUUUUCGCUUGUUCAAUCGCAUGCCUAAAAAAUAAAUACAAUAUUUGCUUGCAUUUAAA